AUGCCAACCGAGCACCGGCUGACCUCUGACCUCCAGUUACUCCUAUUUGUUUGGUGUUCUCCUCCCCCUCCUUCCCCUCUUCCUCCUCCCCGCCCUGGGGGGGGGGGAGAGGGGGAGGAGCCUGAUGAGCUGUCACUCACCUGCAGCGAGUGCAGCAAAGUGUUCAAAGACGUCAGCAGCCUGCGGAGACACGAGAAGAUCCACAAGGGCCUGAAGCCCUUCUCCUGCAUCUUCUGCUCCAAAACCUUCAGGCAGGCCACGCAGCUCAAGACUCACCUGCGCAUCCACACAGGCGAAAAGCCGUUCGGCUGCGCGGACUGUGACAAAUGUUUCGCCCAGAAGUGCCAGCUGGUGGCGCACCGGCGCAUGCACCACGGCGAGGAGAAACCCUACACCUGCGACCGCUGCGGAUUCAAGUUCGCCACCUCCUCCAACUACAAGAUCCACAUCAGGCUGCACAGCGGGGAGAAACCGUACGUCUGUGACAUCUGCGGCCAGGCGUUCGCCCAGUCCAGCACGCUGACCUACCACAAGCGCCGCCACACCGGGGAGAAACCCUACCAGUGCGACCUGUGCGGGAUGUCCUUCUCCGUGUCCUCCUCCCUCAUCGCGCACGCCCGCAAGCACACAGGAGAGACACCCUAUAAAUGCUCUCAGCCGAACUGCGACGCCAAAUUCGUGACUUCGUCCGAACUGAAGAAACACAUGAGGAGGCUCCACCCAGACGGGAAUUCGGGCGUUCAGUGCCUGCUGUGCGGGAACCGCUUCGCCAGCGUGAAGAACAUGAUCAAACACCAGGAAAAAGCCCACGCCGAGGAGGUCCGGCAGCACAAGGAGAGAGCCAGAGCCGACCUCCAUCAGACCUCCAUCAGACCUCCAUCAGACCUCCGUUCAGACCUCCAUCAGACCUCCGUCCAGACCUCCAUAAUGGCGGCGUUCAGACCCCCGGGCGCCUCACGGCUGCUGAUUGGCGGCGGCGGCGUCCCCGGCGUCCACGGUCCUGAUGAUGACGAUCUGCUCCAGGCUCUGCGCGGGCGAGGCCUGCGGCCGCAGCUGCUCCACCAGGGCGUGCAGCGUGUCCGAGUUGAUGGUUUGAUGCUCGCCUUCCGUCUCGAAUCCCACCGGCUCUCCACUGCUUAA